UGCUUCUGCUGCAGGGCCGGGAAGCUCUUCCUGCGGCGGCGGGAGAAGGCGGAGGAGGAGGCCGGCGGUGGGAGGGAUUAUCCGGGAGAGAAGGAGGAGGAAGAGGAGGAAGAGGAGAAGGACCGAAGGGCAGGCAAAACAGGCAGGCAGGCGGGCCUAGAAGCCAAGCCACCCGCGGGCUCUGCUCCCCUUCCCGGACCCGGUGCUGCCUCCUUCCCGGAGCCGAGGGAAGUCGGGAAGCGCAGCUACGCGAGGCCGGGGAUGCAGCGCUCCCGCUAGGCCUCUCCUUGGAAGGGGAAAGGAGGAGGAAGGGACUAGUUGGCGGAGAAGGAGGACCCUCUUCUUCCUCGGAUCCCGAAGCCAAGCUGGAGCAAGAGGAGGAGGAAGAGGAGAAGGGGAAGGACCCACCGCUUCGGAGGACAUCUUGGGGCUUUGGAAGAAGAAGAAGAAGGGUUGCUUUGCAAGAAGAGCCAGCCCUUCAUUGAUUGAUUUCCUCCUGCAAAACAAACCUUGUGAUAUUAUCUACAUCCCUUCCCUGCCUUGGCAAGAAACCCUUAUUAUUAUUAUUAUUAUUAUUAUUAUUAUUAUUAUUAUUAUUAUUAUUAUUAUUUGUAUGUCUAUUAUCCCUGGGGGCGAUGGGUUGCCUUUAUUUUAUUUAUUAGCCCAAGGGAGGGGAGGAACCUUGGAAUGACUGCUGCAGAGAAGAAGUUGGGCAUCUUUAUGGCUCCCUAAAGACACAAACAAACACACACAGACAGAGACCCAGGAAUACAGAUUUUCUUCAUUGUCCCAAUGUCCUCCCCUCCCUCUUCCAACGGGAAGAACAGCUGGUAAAACUGGAUUAUAAAGAUGUUUUGAUCCUUGUUUUUUUGCAGCUUAAGACUUCAAUGUUUCGGAUGGGAACGCGUCUUUAUUCCGGCAGGCGCUCCUGGUCGUAUUGAUAACCUUGAAACAAAGUUUGCAGAGUUGUUUUGAUUUUUUUUUUGGGAGUCAAAGAAAAGAUAACCACCUCCCCAAGACCUUGAACAGUGUAUGGAUAUAAUCCCUAAGGAUGGAGUUGAAGGCUUGACUGCAAGAGACUAGUUUUUUCCUUUGUGGGAACACAGUGGGUCAUAAAAAUCCGCAUCCGCAAGCAGCCAAAGAUCCACCGCUGGCCAAGCCUGGCCUUCUGGAUUUGACUACAAACCAUGAACAUGCGGCCACCUCAGACUGCGUUGGACAGACAAGCCAGUAAAAGGCACACUCACCUGCCCAGCCCCAUUGCAGCCUGGUUGAGCAGCCUGUCUUCUCUGGGCGACUCGGCUCCGGAACGGCGGUCACCGGGGCACCACCGCCAACCCUCUGAUGCUAGUGAAACAACAGGUCUGGUCCAGCGUUGUGUCAUCAUCCAGAAGGACCAGCAUGGCUUUGGCUUCACUGUCAGCGGGGACCGGAUUGUCCUGGUGCAGUCGGUUCGAGCCGGAGGAGCCGCCAUGAGGGCUGGGGUGCAGGAAGGUGAUCGGAUUGUCAAAGUGAACGGGACAAUGGUGACCAACAGCUCUCACCUGGAAGUGGUGAAGCUCAUCAAAUCUGGUGCUUACGUUGCCCUCACCCUCUUGGGCUCCCCGCCUGCUUCUGCAGGGCUCUCGGGCUCCCAGCAGGACGGGCACCAGACGGGGGCCCCUCAGGUCAUGCCAGCGUGCCCCCCGCCACCCCCUCCACCACCGCUGCCUCCGCCACACCACAUCACCGAGCCCAAACCCUUGCAGGACCCCAAAUUUCAGAAGCAUGCCACCCAAAUCCUCCGGAAUAUGCUGCGGCAGGAGGAGGCCGAGCUACAGCGGUGCUACGAGGUCUACAGCCGCAACCCAGCUUCGUUGAUAGAGGAGCAGAUUGAAGGGGCCCGCCGGAGGGUCAGCCAACUCCAGCUGAAAAUCCGGCAGGAGGGAGGAGGGCUCCCGGAUCCCACCCGGCCAGCAAGCGAUUCCAGCUCCAUCAAUUCCCGCCUGACCGAUGGACGCCUCUCUUUGGAUUCCCAAGACGGAGACAGCGGCCUGGAUUCAGGCACGGAGCGCUUCCCUUCUGUGAGUGAGAUCUCCCUGAACCGGAACUCCGUCCUCUCCGACCCCGGCCUGGACAGCCCCCAUACCUCCCCUGUCAUUGCCUCCAGGAUGUUCCAGCACCAUCAGCACCAGGGCUCAGACACAUCUUUCUCCCCCUCCUCAGCGGAACAGGGCUUUGACCAGACUGGGAGACCCCUCAUUAUCGCUCCUGAAGAGGAUUGUGAUCCGGGAUACUUUAACAAUGAGUGUGACUCCCUCUUCCAGGACCUGGGGAAGCUGAAGACUCGCCCAGCUCACCUGGGAGUGUUCCUGCGAUACAUCUUCUCUCAGGCAGACCCAAGUCCUUUGCUCUUGUACUUGUGUGCCGAUAUUUACCAGCAGAUGAACCCCAAGGAGGGCCGUGGUCUUGGGAAGGAGAUCUGGAACAUUUUCCUGGAGAAAACUGCGCCUCUGAGAGUCAGAGUAUCUGAUCCGUUAUUGGCUGAGAUUGAGUCUCGCCUACGGAAUGGGGAGGACCUCCGGAAUGCUUUUUUGGAGCUGCAGGAGGCUGUCAUGCCUGAGAUCCAGGAGCAGAUCCAGGAUUACAGGACAAAGCGCACCAUGGGGCUGGGAAGUCUGUAUGGGGAGAAUGACUUGCUGGACCUGGACGGAGACCCCCAGAAGGAACGGCAGGUGGCCGAGAAGCAGAUUGCUCAGCUUGGGGACAUCCUAUCCAAAUACGAAGAGGACAGGAGUUCUCCCAUGAGCUUUGCCCUGAACACCUACAUGGGCCAUGCUGGCAUCCGUUUGCGGGAGUCACGCUUGGUGAGUGUUGUGGAGAAGUCCCAGGAGAAAGACAAGUGGCUGCCCUUCUUCCCCAAGACCAAGAAGAGCAGCAGCACAAAGAAAGACAAGGAGACCUUGGCCGAGGACAAGAAGCGCAAUCCCAUCCUCAAAUACAUCGGGAAGCCCAAAAGCUCCUCCCAGAGCACAUUUCAUGUCCCUUUGUCCCCUGUUGAAGUCAAGCCUGGCAACGUGAGGAACAUCAUCCAGCACUUUGAGAACAACCAGCAUUAUGAUCCCCAGCAGCUCGACCUGCAGCGCCUCUCCACAGGGAGCUUCCCAGAAGACCUCCUGGAUAUGGAAAGUUCCAGGUCUGAGGUCAAGCUUGGUCGGUCGGAGAGCUUGAAGGGCCGAGAAGAACUGAAGCGACUCCGGAAGGCAGACAACGUGCCUCGCUCCCGGAGUGACGUGGACAUGGACGCGGCAGCAGAAGCCACCCGUCUCCACCAGUCGGCCUCUUCAUCUGCCUCCAGCCUCUCUGCUAGGUCCCUGGAGAACCCUACCCCUCCCUACACUCCCAAAAUGGGCCGCAGGAGCAUCGAGUCCCCCAGCCUGGGAUUUGGCACGGACGUCUUCCUUCCCCACUUGCUGGAGGACGAACUGGGCCAACUCUCGGACUUGGAGCCAGAACCGGACUCGCAGAACUGGCAGCACACCUUCGGCCGGGAGAUCGCGGCUUCCCUGCCGCAGCGGGAGGUGGACCGCCAGGAGGUCAUCAACGAACUGUUUGUGACGGAGGCUUCCCACCUUCGGAUCUUGCGCGUCAUGGAUGUUGUCUUCUAUCAGCGCAUGAAGAAGGAGAACCUCAUCUCCCGGGAAGAGCUGGGCCUGAUUUUUCCAAAUCUACCAGAGGUCAUUGAGAUACACAAUUCUCUAUCAGAAGCCAUGAAGAAGCUCCGAGAGGACGGUCCAGUUGUCAAAGAAAUUGGGGACCUAAUGCUCUCUCGGUUUGACGGAGUUGCCCGUGAGGAGAUCCAGCAAGUGGCAGCUGACUUCUGCGCUUACCAGUCGGCUGCCCUUGAGCUGAUCAAGACCAAGAAGCGGAAGGAGACACGCUUCCAGCUCUUCAUGCAGGAAGCAGAGAGCAAUCCACAAUGCCGGCGCCUUCAGCUGAAAGACCUCAUCAUCUCAGAGAUGCAGCGCCUGACCAAGUAUCCCCUGCUGCUGGAGAACAUCAUCAAGUACACUCAUGGAGAGACAUCGGAACACCAGAAGCUGUGCCGGGCCAGGGACCAGUGCCGGGAGAUCCUCCGGUAUGUGAACGAGGCGGUGAAGCGGGCAGAGAACCAACACCGUCUGGAGGCCUACCAGAAGCGCCUAGAUGCCACCUCUCUGGAGAGGACUAGCAACCCCCUGGCAGCUGAGUUCAAGAAUCUUGACCUCCGAAGCCGGUGCAUGAUCCAUGAGGGACUCCUGAGUUGGCGCAUCAGCAAAGACAAGACUGUGGAUCUCCACGUGCUGCUCCUGGAAGACCUUCUGGUCCUCCUCCAGCGACAGGAUGAGAAGCUGGUCCUGAAGUGCCACAGCAAGAUGGCCCUGGGCUCCUCGGACAUCAAGCAGACCUUCAGCCCUGUGCUCAAGCUCAACUCGGUCCUCAUCCGCUCCGUGGCAACAGAUAAGCGAGCGCUUUUCAUCAUCUGCACAUCCGAACUGGGACCUCAGAUCUACGAGCUGGCUGCCUCGACGUCAUCGGAGAAGAACACGUGGAUGGGACUCUUGGACGAGGCGGUGAAGAAUGCCACUCGGAACGCCACUCUGCCCCCCAAGCGCCACUCGCAAGAGGUGCCUCUGCCCCCGGCAGCCCCUUCCAGUCUGGUGCUCCAGGAUGCGGACAUGACCCAGGAUAGCUGCGCCUCGAGCCAAGAUGCCGAGGAGGAGCAGGAGGAAGUGGAGGAGCAGGAGGAGGAGGAGCAGGAGGAGGAAGAAGAAGCAGGAGGUUCAGAUGAGACGCCGACAGACACCUUUCUUGAAGAAACGCAUCCUGUCCCAACAGAGGUGAGAGACCAUGAGAAGGAAGAGGAGAAGGAGGAAGAGGAAAGCCAGCUGCCGGCUGUUUCGCCGCUUUUGCCCACGGCAGUGGAAGGGCUUCCGUUGGAGGACGGGAUGGAGCCUAGCAGACCCUCGCAGCCCCCUCCCCAAACACAGCCUGCCUUUUCGGAGAGUCUGGCCGAAUCGGCCAUGGAGGAUGUGGAAACCCUUCGCCACCUGCUCCUGCGGAGCUUCCUUCCCUGCCGGGACCCCGAUGAGGACGUGACCCCCACGCCGUCUGUCGCCGGCACCCAUCCGCACUGGGACUCGGUGCUGGCCAGCCAGGACUCAGGGAGCCAGGAAGAGCCAACGGAGCCCGUAGAGAGCCGCAGUCCCACGGAGUGUGUGGGGCACUUGCUGGUGGAAUCGGAGGGCCUCCGGACUGGGCUUGAGGCAGGAGCCCCACAGACUGCAGGCUUGGAGGAGGAGGAGGAGGAGGAGGUGGGGAAGGGCCUGGAAAAGGAGGAUUGUGUGGGCCAGAGUGAGCUGGAAACGAUCCUCGCCCCAGCACCCGCUGCGGAGACCGAGGAGCAUGGUGGCUACACAGUGGUGCGGAAAGCCGAGGUGGUGGAGGGGACUGGCGGUGCUUUGCCCUUGCCAGAGGGCAGCUGGUCAGGAACUGAUGCUGGAGAGGCAGAUAAUGUGGAUGGGAACUGCUUCUACUUGAGUCUACCAGCUGCUUUGGGAGAGUCGCAUACAGAUGCUGGGAGCACCAGUCCGGCAGCGGCACCCGAUGCCUCCUGCCAAGCCAAGAGCUUGCCUCCUGCCGGGCCCUCGACUGGCUCCCAGGGCCCUUCCAAGGAGAGCUUGGCCUCCUGGCUUGGUGCCCCUGAAGGCCCACCGUUGCCUCCGGACCUCUCUCCCUCCAGCCAGGCGAUCCGGGAUGUGGACGUGAUCUUCCGGACGAUAGAGCAGCUGACUUUGAAGCUGACCAGGCUGAAGGAGGUGGAAAUGGCCCACCAGCAGUUGCUACGGUCGCUGAGCACGGCCGCGGAUGCAGCGCCAAUGGGAAACGCACUGCCCGAACCCAGCUGGAUGUCACCCGACGAUGGCCACCCUGAGUCCGGAGCGCGUGGUGUCCUUGCGCCUUCCCUGCCCUCCUCCGUGGUUGCCGAGCCUGGCCAAGUCUCCCUUUUGGAAGAGAGCCCCCAAGAAGUGACUCUUUAGGGAGGGAGGGGGCAAGAAGACCCCUCCCCGCAUCUUCAAGGCCUCCAGGGUCUCCUGCAGCCAGCUGGUUCAAUCUGAGGAAGCAGGCCUAAAUUGCAUUGUGGAAACUGAGGCAGAGAAGAAAACUGGAACUUUCCUCCCUCUCCCAUCCACUUCUCUUUUCUUUCUCAGAAAGCACACCUUGGAUUAAUUUAAACUCUUUGAAAACCGAUACCUGUGGGGGGCUCUGGUUUUCACUCUAGUUUAUGCUUUAAGUGGAGAGAGCCCCCCAAAACCCGCAUGUCUCUUCCACUUUGGGGGCUGGAUCAGGAACGUUGCCAAUCCAUGGGACACACCGCCUUGCGGAGUCGCUUUCCCACCGGACGUGGUGGAACGCUGGAACGCCCCGUUGUUAUGAAUUGCACUUUUCGUUCGUUUUUUUAAGGCCAUGCAGAGGGCCCUCGGGUGCUUCCUGACCUCCUCCUUGGAUAUAAAUAUGUAUGUAUGUGCAUUGAAUGGUUGUAAAUACGAUAGUUGUUGUUGUUGUUGUUUUAAUUUGCCUUCAUACCCCAAUGGAUGAGAAGAAAACCACUGUAGCCGCAGCCCGGUUGGGGUGGCCUGGGUGAAGUGGGGACAAAGCAGGAGGCUUUGGUCCAGUAGCAACAAAAGGAAUUUGCCGGCCCCCUCCCCAAUCUCUCAGGUUCUCCUUGGCGUCUUCCGCUCCAACCUGUGGGGUGAAGAAUGACCUCAGUAGAGACUCUUGUUGGUCGUGAUGGCACCCAGCAAGCUCCUUGGGUCAGCCUUGCCAACAGAUUGGUCACAUAGGUGGCUGCUGGGGAGGGGGCUGCUAAGCCCCACGGCUGAGACAAUCUGCCCUUCCGUCAUGCUCUUGGCUCACCCCCGGAGGGUUGCCCGGUUGACCCAACCUCUCCUGGAGGAAGAUCUGAAGCCCCCAAGACCCUGGCCCUGAUCCCGCUUUGGGUUGACAGUGGUCAUGGGCCAGGCGGGCUAGAAGCAGCAAGCGUGGACCCAGCAGUCACCCCGCAAGCUGCACCAGGUGUAUGGAUUAUAUCAGAGUAUAUAUAAAUAUAUAUAUAUAUAUAUAGAUAUAUAUAUAUUAAAAAAGUGAUGCCACACUCUUUGCUGUUCAAUUCGCUCAAAGCCAAUUUUAUUUUCUUCCUGUCGAUGGUAAAGAUUUUUUUUAAAGAAAGAUGGAAAAGUAAAAUAUUCUUCAUUCUCCUGU